AUGGCCGAACUAGGCGCGAACGAGUCGGUCGAUCCGAACACCCUCUACACCAAGCAGGAAUGCAUCGGCGGCGGUAGCUUUGGCAAGGUCUACAAGGGCCUUGACCGGCGGACAGGCCACACAGUCGCUAUCAAGGUCAUCGACGUCGAGAAUGCCGAAGACGAGGUUGACGACAUUAUGGGUGAGAUCAUGAUCCUCUCCGGCAUGAACUCGCCGUACGUCACAAAGUACUACGGCUCCUUUCUGGCCGGCUCCGACCUGUGGAUUGUCAUGGAGUUCUGCUCAGGCGGAAGUUGCGCAGAUUUGAUGAAGCCAGGCCAGAUAGCAGAGGCUGAAAUUGCAGUCAUACUGAAGGAACUGUUGAUGGGUUUGACAUAUCUCCACGACGACCACAAGCUGCAUAGGGACAUCAAAGCGGCAAACAUCUUGGUCAGCGCAAAUGGCCAAGUCAAGCUCGCUGAUUUUGGCGUCUCUGGACAACUAUCGGCGACCAUGACGAAGAAGAACACAUUUGUUGGAACGCCCUUCUGGAUGGCCCCUGAGGUGAUUAAGCAAUCUGGCUACGACGGCAAGGCUGAUAUCUGGUCUCUGGGUAUUACCGCGCUGGAACUGGCAAACGGCGAGCCUCCAUAUGCCGACAUCCACCCGAUGAAGGUCCUCUUCCUCAUUCCGAAAAAUCCACCACCAACACUACAGGGCAACUUCUCACCCGCUUUCAAAGAGUUUGUCGAACUCUGCCUAAGAAAGGAUCCCAAGGAGCGUCCGAGCGCAAAGCAGCUUCUGCUGACAAACUUCAUCCGAAAGGCUGGUAAGCCCGCCCGUCUGCAAGAGCUCAUCUCGAGAUAUCAGGACUGGAAGGUCAGAUAUCCGAAAGAAGCAGCCGAGUCAGAAGAUGAAGCCACUCCCGUGAAGAGGAAGGAGCCUGUCAAUGAAGACCUUUGGGAUUUUGGAACUGUGCGGCCAACAGGAGGUGGCCGGGGACCGGCGCUCGCCCCAAUGAACGAUGCGGGUGCCAAUGCGAGGAACCCUUCGCCACAACGCAAGCCUGUUACACAGAACAGCGGUGGCUACGGCGAUGAGAACGACGACACCCUCCGACAACCACCAUCGCCGACUAAACGCUUAGCGCCAUUGCAAACACAAGGCUCACCUGGCUCUGUGAGGACCGCUGCUCGGAUACCGCUGCCAGCAUCACCAGAGAAAAGAUCAGCUCCUUCAUUCCCCCAACCAGCCCUAGAGCUUCCACGAAAGUCCCCUGUGCCUGGCCUUUUCCAGCCUCCACCCAACAGAGGGCUAGUCACACCAACAAAGCCACAGGCCCCGCAACAACCCAGGCGACAAACACCACUACAGCACACUUAUGACGACUUCGUACAACGGGAGAUUGCUGCAGAAAUGAGGAGUGUGGAACUCACACCACAACAGCGUGUUCCAACUCCAAGCCGCGCUUCGGUUCUACCGCAGAUGACUAUACCCGAAAUACCGCCAUUUCGUGGACAGUCUGCAAGUCCUGGUCAAAGCAGUUCGCAAAGCCAAGCACCGAAGCCGUUGCAAAGUCCUAUUCGGGUACAACAACAAGCACCGACCCCGGUGCAAGUUCAGAAGCCUCUACCACCGCUCGUUGGUCAGCAAGGACUACCGUCUCUGGCAGGGCAGAAGCCACUUCCGCCAACACAACAAUCGUUCACAUCUUUCAGCCCAAGUUCUGCAUCCCGACCUGACUCAUCGUCAUCGUCGAACGACCCAUUUGGCAGUCCAAUGUCGUCAAAUUGGCAGUCACAGCCAAGACAGCAACAAGUUGCCCAAUCACCCCCUCCCCCUCCACCACACGUCACCAAGCCUUCGCCCAUGUCGCGCGGCUCCUUCGGUAGACCCAAGCCGACGUCAAAUCAUCCUAGCCUCGCUCAAACGCAAGGUUCUCCAGCGGCGCCCGUCGAGAUCACAGCACUCAGCGGUGUGGUGAUACCAGCCCUUGAGGCUGCACUGUCUCGUCGUGCCUAUCAUCUUAGCGUCAGGAACAAGCAAGAAUCGGCUCGGUCGCUGGAUGAUGCGCAGGGCUUCAUUGAGCGCAGACGGCAAAGGCAAGAAUGCCAUGAGAAGGUCACUCGCCUAGUUAAUGACAUAAAGGGGAAAUUUGAAGAGUUGGAUCACUGGGACGAGAAAGGAGAGGUGGGCAUGGGUGGAGAGGUCGCAGGCUUCUUGGAGGGUUUCCUUGAAGAGGUGCUGGUUCGUGUUGAACCAGCAGACGAUUGA